AUGGCCACCGCUUCAGAAAAAAUAAAAUAUCUUCAGCCCUAUGGUAAAGAAAUUAACCCUCACAUUCCCCAGUAUAUGUCAUCUGCACCUUGGUAUCUUAAUGCUGAGAGACCUAGUUUAAAACAUCAAAGGAAGUGGAAAUCCGAUCCCAAUUACACCAAAUCAUGGUAUGAUAGAGGUGCUAAAAUUUUCCAGGCUGACAAGUACAGGAAAGGUGCAUGUGAAAACUGUGGAGCUAUGACACAUGAUGCUAAGUCAUGCAUGGAAAGACCAAGGAGAGUGGGAGCAAAAUGGACAAACAAGCACAUAGCCCCUGAUGAAAAGAUAGAAACUUUUGAGCUUGACUAUGAUGGCAAACGGGACAGGUGGAAUGGGUAUGAUGCUUCAACUUAUGCUCGAGUCAUUGAGAGGUAUGAAGCUAGAGAUGAAGCUCGAAAGAAGUACUUAAAGGAACAACAGCUUAAGAAGUUGGAGAAGAGCAACCAAAAUGGGGAGGAGGAUGCUGCAAGUGAUGAGGAUGAAGAGGAAGAUGACCUAAGGGUAGAUGAAGCAAAGGUCGAUGAAAGCAAACAAAUGGACUUUGCAAAGGUUGAGAAGCGUGUGCGUACAACAGGUGGUGGAAGUACAGGAACUGUGAGGAACCUGCGUAUUCGAGAGGAUACUGCCAAAUACCUUCUCAAUCUUGAAGUCAAUUCUGCACACUACGAUCCCAAGACCAGGUCUAUGCGUGAAGAUCCUCUUCCGGAUGCAGAUCCAAAUGAGAAGUUUUAUGGGGGUGAUAACCAAUAUAGAAAUAGUGGUCAAGCUCUAGAAUUUAAGGAAUUAAACAUCCAUGCUUGGGAAGCAUUUGACAAGGGGCAAGAUGUUCACAUGCAAGCAGCUCCAUCCCAAGCUGAAUUGCUCUAUAAGAAUUUUAAGGUCAUGAAGGAGAAACUGAAAUCUCAAACAAAGGACACCAUUGUAGAGAAGUAUGGCAAUGCAGCUGAUGAGGACAAACUUCCAAGAGAACUCCUCCUUGGUCAAAGUGAGAGGCAAGUCGAGUAUGAUCGAGCUGGUAGAAUUAUCAAGGGACAGGAGGCUGCACUUCCUAGAAGCAAGUAUGAGGAGGAUGUUUACAUUAACAACCACACUACUGUUUGGGGCUCAUGGUGGAGGGAUCACCAAUGGGGCUAUAAGUGCUGCAAGCAGACCAUACGUAAUAGCUAUUGCACUGGUGCUGCCGGUAUAGAGGCUGCUGAGGCUGCAAGUGAUCUUAUGAAGGCUAAUAUUGCCCGUAAGGAGGCUGCUGCAGAGGAUCCUACACCUACAGAGGAGAAAAAGCUUGCUACAUGGGGAACUGAUGUCCCUGAUGAUCUAGUCCUGGAUGACAAGUUGCUAGCUGAGGCCCUCAAAAAGGAGGAUCAAAGGAAGAGAGAAGAGAAAGAUGAGAGGAAGCGUAAAUAUAAUGUCAGAUGGAAUGAUGAGGUUACGGCUGAGGAUAUGGAGGCAUACAGGAUGAAGAGAGUACACCAUGAUGAUCCAAUGAAAGACUUCCUGCACUGAACUUGCAGAGGGAAAAAGAAAUCUGUGCCUCCUUGCGAUAAGUCUGCACAGGUCCUCACUGCAUCAUGGAUUUGGCAGAUGGGAUUAUCAAACGCUUUAUAGACAUCUUUCCGCCAUCACUGGCUAAUGGGAAAGAGGGGGCAAGAGAAGAUAUUGGGGUUCUGGGCAUGCAUAUUGAAUUGGGUACUAGACUGUAAUAUUGUAUUAUGCUUGAAUGUAUAUGUUUGUUGCUUUCCAAAUCCCAAGAUCAAUAAAUUUGGUUCAGAACUUGACAUCUUUGACAACCAAUUUUGCUAUGAUCGCCCUGACUUCAUAUGUUAGCAUCGUCUUCGUACCUUGAUAGAGGCUGCAAAACUGUAUAUGUUCCCCGGCCACUUGACAAAGGUUUUGUAAAGUGAUGGAAACAGUUGUACUGUCCUGAAUGUUUUGUUUCAGAGAGAUUUCCCAAA